AGAAGAGAUAAUAAGGACUAAGUGAUGAAUAUGAGUCACGCUGUGGACGGAGGCGUGGAGCCAACUGUGGCGUGCAGGCAGCAGCUCCUCCGCUCUGCUGCCAGCACUGGCUGCUCCGCGGGGAGGGGAGGACUCACAAAACUGCAGCUCAUGACCGCCUUCACAGUGUCGCCUGUUUCUGUGGAGGUGUAGUAGUCAUGACAGCCUCAAACACUGGCCAGCAUCCCCUACCACCACCGCCACCAUCACCGCCACCGCCGCCGCCUCCUCCUGCACGCUGGAGACGGUCUGUCCAGGCGCAUUGCUGUGCGCAUUCCCCUGUUUUCUCCGGCGUUGUUUUUGGACCUUAGUGUCCCGCAGUGACCAUCGACUGACUGACUGCUGGACUGCAGCAACAAACUCGACACUCCCCCCUCCCAGCUUUGUGCUCGGUGUACCCAGAGAGCUCGGGCAUGCCAUCUGUCUCGACUGGAAACAUUUUUGUCUGGGCCGAAUUACGCUUCACUACUUGAGAGAAUCAAAGUUGCUGCAAUGGAGACUUCGGGGAGUGAUGCAGCGGUCACAUACUUGGGGAGAGCUGAGGAGAGAGACGGCUAUUAUGAACUGGAGCAUCUGCCUCCACUGCUGGAGGAUGAGGAGAAUGUGUCUCUGGCGGACAUCCUUUCCCUGCGGGACAGCUGUUUGUCCGAGGAGGAGGUGUGGGCAGUGUGUGCAGAGUGUGCUCUGGCGCUGCAGAGCAUCAGACCCUCCCAUCUCUUCCACACUCUGUGUAUAACACCAGACACACUGGCCUUCAACGCCCAUGGGAAUGUUUGCUUCAUGGAGCAGCUCAGUGAUGAUCCAGAAGGCUCCUUUGUGCCUCCCGAGUUCGACAACACAGGCAGCACGUUUGAGGGCCAUGUUUACUCUCUGGGCUCUACACUUUCUGCCGCACUAAACUUUGUCAUCGAGCCAGAGCUGGAGGCAGAGUUGGGAGAAGAAAUCCAGAGGCUCUUGGAGCAGAUGCAGGAGGAAAAGCCCGAGGACAGACCGCUCCUGCAGGACAUCCUCUCUCUGGCUGAAGCAAGGCUGUCUCAUACCACCUCUGCAGCUGUGUGCCGGAAGCUAUCCUCUAUUGGUCGACGGGUGCUCUCCAUCGAAUCUGUAUCAACCUUCCAAGAUGGACAGGAAGGCUCCUGGGAGGCGAGAUGGCAGCAUCCCAAACCCAGAUGUCUGCUUAAAAGACUGAGCUCAGAUGAUAAUACCAAAGAUCCGUGUGCUGACAGUUCUGUUAAAGCAAAUGGUCUGUCCAGGCAGCAGGUGUGCGGGGGCUGGGAUUCCUCCCUAUGGGCAGAGGAUAUGGACAGCAGUGAAGGAGAUGGCAUGAUCUUGGCAGAUGACUUGGACUGCUGGUCCCACAACAGCUCCCCAGUGAGGAGGAGAGCCCAGCAGAGGCUGAACAGAGUGAGGGGUGCUCUUAACCGCUCCUGCUCUGUCCCGGACUCCAACAACCCCCCUUGUCUUUCCCCUCCGACUCACGGAGAUAUCAGCAUACCUGUAUCCGAUCUCACUGAGAUAGGAGCGGAUGAACACUUGAGCUGCAAGUCUGUGUGGAGUAGCAGACUUCAAAGACUCAACAGGGGCAAGUCCUGUGAGUCCUACCCACAUAGUAGUAUCGAGGAUUGUGUGUACCAAAUGUCACGAGAAAAUGAGGAUGCUUCAGAGACAUUGUGCAGUGGAGAAACAAAGAUUCAAGAGUUCUAUGAAUCUAAUAACUGCAUCCAGGAUUCAACGUCUUCUUGCACUUCUUGUCAGGAGCUGGAAAUUGAACAGGAUUCUUCUUGGGACCAGAGCUCAUUGAACCACAGCCUCUACAUUCCUAAUAACCACAUGACCAAAAGCAUGCUGUGCCUCAAUGAAGAAUCUCAGGAUGAGUGGAUCUCUCUAAGAGAGUUACUUUCUCGGUGUGGACGGAGGCUGACAGUCAAUGAGCUAUGGGCUCUGUGUUACACCUGCCUGUCCUCGCUGCAGACCUACAUUGACUUUCCAGCCUAUUUAUGCCUGGACACAGUGCAUGUCGGCUGCGAGGGAGAAGUACUUUUCUUGAAACCUAAAAACAUUGGAUCCAGAGAUGAAUUUUAUCUUGCUCCUGAAUAUCAAGAACAUGGGAUUGUGACAGAAAAGGUUUGUGUGUACGGGGUUGCUGCUAUUCUCUGGGCUACAGCCAAGUUCAGUUUAUCGCCGAAUCAAAAACUGGCAAUGCCUCGCAAACUGAAGAGACUGCUCCUGGAGAUGGCAAAGAGGACGCCCAUUGAGAGACCUACCAUUGUCAUGGCUAAAAAAAGCUGUCGUGACUACUUAUCACGUCAAGGGACAAAUGCCGAGACUGUCUGGAGCAACCUCAUCAGCAGAGUACACCCGCCAGCGUCCUGUGAUGCAGAUAAUUUGAGUGCAGCUGAAGCUCAUCAAAGCUCAUGUGAAGACUCUGCACAAAACAGCAGCGGCUUUGUGCCCAUGGCCACUGAGAGCCGACUGGCUCCUGUGCCUGGCCCUGUUCCCCACAGCUAUCCAGUUAAGUCCAAGGAACUCCAACUCCCAGAAGCCUUCACCUCCACUGCCACACACUUCACCCCCAUUAUCCUGACCAAUGAAGGGGACUCGGAGGAGGAGGGCCAACACAUUGAGGCUGCCAUUGAAGGGACUGUGGAUGGGUUCACAACAAGCAGUGGACAAGUCGGGGAAAGGGACUUUGAUUUCACUUCACACUCUGAGUACCCAUAUCCUACUGAACCCAAUCUACACACACAGGAGUUGCCUGUUAAUCAGGCAGCCGUGACCACAGCUUCCAGUGACAAGAUGCUGGUCAACUCUACUUUCACUCUCCCUGAUAUUUCCUCUUUUGAAGUCUCUCUUCCUCAGCCAUUAUCCACAAACCUCAAUGGUUGUGGUGUCUUCAACAAUUACCUCUUCCGUCAGGAUCCCACAACUGGACAUCUUUCCUUAGUGCCUGUGCAGGUUAGGGCUCCAGAGUCUCUCCUUGGGUUGGAUAUAAAUCUCUCCCUGGUGCCACAGCCUUUGCAGGGACUAAUCACAGUUCCAGAGAACUCUGAUGGUCCAUCUGUUAACAGUGUGAAUGUGCCUGUGAGGCCCGAACCCCAGGAUUAUAGUCCACCAUCACCUUAUUUCAAAGGUAGCUCCAUAGAUUCUGACAGCCCCUUGGAGCACAGCACUCCCAUGGCUUACAAUGGACAAACCAAUCAAGGAACACAAGGUGAGAACCAGUCUCCUUCUGAGUCCAUCUCACCUAAAGUCCACCCUGCCCUCCAAGAGGUGAUUGACCUGCUCAAAGGAGAGUUUUCACUUGAUGGGUAUUUGGACAAUGGACAUGAAGACAUCUCCAUGGGGGAGUACAUCUUCUCUUUGAAGGACCUCCAGUACCACACAUUUGCCAGUGUUGUGAAGGAGAGAUUCAGUGAUCUGUACUGGGAAGAAGACUUACUGGGUGUAUUACACUGCCUGGUAAACUACAGCCCAUCCACACUUGGCUCUAAUGAGCAGACUCCAUCAAAGGCUGUGAAAAGGGCAACUCUUACCCAACCCUUGAUAGCCACUGUCUGGGGAGAGAAGAGGGAAGUUUGCCUGCAUGGUUGUCUUGACCUGAAUGGAAACAUUCACACGUCCAGUCCUGCUGCUGUGGAUCCUUGGAAAGGAACUGAAGCUCAGUCCUGUUGUGGAAAAAAUGAGACUGCGCUCGAGGAUUUUGAGUUAAGAUCAGAGGAGAGUCAACACCGUCUUUGUCAAGGUCGAGGCGUGAGCAUUGACGGUUCGGACACAGGGGUCAUGGAGGGAGGGGAUCAUUCAGCAGGGGGCAGCGAUGAAAGCCCCUCUGAAGCCGAGUUUCUGUCUGGGAGAGAGGAAGGCCUGGCGCAAGCCCACUACGGACAGAUGAGCCCUGACUGCUCGGUGGACAUGGAGGAUAGUGAUUCUCUGGUGUCAGAGCGACUCCUCUUGCCUGGAUCCAGAGCAGAGGAACCGGGCCUCAGCUUCAGCCCAGCUUGGGCCUUAGCCUUCUUUGGAGAAGAUUGUUUUAGUCCAGAGGUGAUCCAAUAUGCAAUGAAUCUGGGACAGCAUACAGGAUCUCCAUGUCUGGAUGUGAAAAUGCAGGAACUGCAGCAGCAGCUGAUAAUUGAAACAAGGAAUCUGAAGAAAACGAGAAAUUUCUACCAGAAGCUGAUUCAACAAGAGCGGAAAAACAAAGGUUCUGAGAGCAAACUGAUGCUGUCCAAACUCAAGGCCCAGUUUGAAGAACUCAGGUCCAAAGUGGUCUUCUUGGAUGGCGUGAAGAAAUACCUUGAGAUUCUGAGUGUGGACCAGUGGGGUUUAGAGGUUUCAUUACUGCCUUCUUUGGCUGUCUGUGGACCGGGCUCUCUGGAUCUUCAAUCCUCUGAGGACCCAUCUGUUCUGAGCUUUGGCACCAGCAAAGGGAAGACUACUCUGCAAGCUGGGUCUCCUCUGGGCCUCAUGGCUUACCUCUACGCCAGACGUGGUGCUGUGGAGGGCUACAUCCAGCAGUUCCUGUAUACCUUUCGUUUCCUCUGCACUCCUGAGCAGUUACUGCAGUUCAUAAUGGAUAAAUUCAUCAGUGCUGCAAGACAAGGUCCAGACAUGUCAGGAGACAGCGAAAAGAUCUUCCAUCGCAGUUUGGAUGUGCUCCAUUACUGGAUAACAGACUGUAGACAGGUGGACUUCACACCUAAGUCCAGCCUUGUGGAUACUGUAGAGAACUUCCUUAAUACUGAGGUGAUUCCUGUAGACAGCCGGGGGGAGGCACUUCUUGUUGCUCUUCACAGCCCCCCGUCUCCGACUUCAAGCCAAGGAAGAGGAAGUCUGAUCAGCUUUGAGGAGGAAGAUGAUUCUGCGUGUGUGCACUCAUCUACGGAGGAUCUUGGGAGAAAGUGGAGGUUUUCGAGGGUAGUGGAGCCUUCUGCCUCGCUGCCUAAAGAGAAGGCCUUCUCCAUCGCAGCUGCCUUGCCUAUGCCUUGCUACGGCUCCAUGUUGGAUGACCUGUCCAACGUCUGCCUGCACAGUGAGGAGCGACUUCCCUUCAGCCAGAAUGAAUACAGCGCACAGCACAUAGCCCAACAGCUCACCCUCCUGCAGCAGGAAAUGUUCCAAGGAUGUCACCCAGUUCAUUUCCUCAACUCCAGAAUACAAGGAGUCAGGGACAAAGUCUUCACCCCAAACAAUAUUCAUUUUUCGACAUCUGCAUUUCCCUCCUCCAGGAAUGUGUCUCAGCAUAUCCCGUCAGCAGAGGGCAGCAGUCUGCUUGUAUGUGAGGGGACGGCAUCAGGCAGCUACCUGCAGCAGCUGCUCACAUAUGCUGAAGGUGUCUCUAACUGGAUCUCUGCUGAAAUAGUCAUCUGUGACUCCGUCAAGACACAAGUUGGUUUGCUGACCAAGUAUCUGUGGAUUGGAAAACACUGCUACGAAUCAAGGAACUUUGCCACAGCUAUGCAGGUCCUCGGAGGUCUGGAGAACAUGAUUGUCAGGCAAUUACCAGCUUGGAAACAUCUGUCUUCCAAGGUGUGUGAGAUCCUGGAGGAGCUACGAGCCGUGCAGGUGUUUCUAAAGAGUGACGACCUGUGUCUGAUGGGGGGAGAACACACAAGGAGGAGGCCCACCCUGCCGUCAGAACACAUCCUGGCCAUGCACGUCCAACAACUGGAGAUCGGAGCGUUCACACUCACGACUGGAGCUUACAAGUGGACCAAGCUCAGGAGCAUAGCAAAGGUUGUGAGUCAGGUCCACGCCUUCCAGGAGGCUGUAUUCCCCUACAGCCCCGACAGAGAACUUCAGGCCUACCUUCGACGCCGAAUUGCCCGGCUUGCCACCUCUGACAUCCACCUCUUGGCUGCUGGCAACGAUGCCAACUUCCAGCAGUCCAGCGAGCGACAAACACGAAGGAUUCAGGACACUCUGAAGAGGGUUAAGGCCACUUUCCAGUGAGUCCUGCCCCAGUCACAACCCAGAGUGAGACACCACCACCAGGUGAACACCCCGUGUCCGAGUCCAGACUGAGAAUCCAUGCGUAAAACUGCAACACACAGCUGCCUCUGCUGUAGUGGCAGUAGAGCCCUGUGGACUGGAAAACAUUUUCUGCUGUUGUAUGUUCACUAUUUGUCUAAAGAGGCCCCUUAACUUAAGUCAAUAAUAUCAGUUCAGACUUUAUUUGUCAUUUACAGUCUUAAGAUUACAGUCUUGCUGAUUACAUGUCGAUUCUACCACAAAUCCGUUUUUAGCAUUUUUCUUCCUAAAGGAGAAGUAGUGUUUGUAAUUUGCAGUGAUUCUUCCUCAGCUCACACAGUAUACUGAUAUUUUGAAAUCAUUAUUUGUGAUUUGACCCUGUAAUUUAGCUGUUAAGGCCUCUUUAUAGUCAUAUGUUAAUUGAACAAGGCAGCAAUGCAUCAUUUGUGUUCAACAUCAAGGCUGGAUUAACAGCAUGGCAAAAUGGGCAGCUGCACCAGAGCUCUAGACCCCUAGGGGCCACCAAAAGUCACAGGUUCCUUGUGUAGCUUGCUGUUAUCUUUUAUCUGGAAAUGUGCACCACAAUAUGAGCACAAUAUCAGCUGUGGAAUCAGUUGGUCCACCACAUUGGUCCAGACUGAAAUGUCUCAACGUCUGCAACUAUUGCAUGGAUCGCCAUGACGUUUUGUACAUGAAUAUUCCGGUUCAUGUUCCCAAGAGGAUGAAUCCUAUUCAUAUUGAUGUCCUUUAGUGCCACCAUGAGAUUCACAUUUGUGGUUUUCAAUGAAAUGUCUCAACAACUUUUGGAUGAAUUGCCAUGAAUUUUGUAUCAGAUGAUCAUGUCAAGACAUGAUAAACAUUUAAAUAUGAGGAUAAAAGCAUGUUGUGUUAAGAAAUACUUUUAAUACCAUUAUUCCAGAUGAUGCUGUGCUUAGAAAGUGCAUAUCCCUGAAGAAAAUUAUAUUUAUUUUAUUUUAUUUAUAUUUAAUCAUAGCAAACCUGGGAAAUAAUGUCAUUCCAGUGGAGGAGUAGUGUGCACCAUGCACAGAAAGGAGGUGGAAUGGGGGGGUAAGUAGGCACACAGCAGUUUAUUUAUAACCCGAGCCCCCCAGCAGGUUAAUCCAGCCAUGUCAAACGUUCAAAUAACACCCAUUUGAUGUUGCUGAAAUGUGUUUGACUCCUAGUAAACGAGACAAAGUAAUGCAUUAAAUUUACCGAACUGUUUGUUGAUCAUAUACUUUGCUUAAACUACGACACGUAGCUUCUCUGUGUUUACCAAUUAGGAGUUCACCAAAUGAGUUUCAUAUGACUAGAUUGGUAAAUGAAUAUCUCAUAUUAAUCCAAUUUAAAGAGCACAACGUGAAAUAAUUACAUUCGUUAUCAAUAGUGUGCCGUGAAGAGAAAAAGCUAGAUGAGCUUACUGCCAUGACAAUACCUUACCAUUACACAGAAAAUGAUAGAACAUAAUGAGGUGUCAGUGUGCAAAAUGUUAUUUGAGGAAUGAUGUUCAGUCAGUGUCUAUUUUUCUAUUUCCCUGCCCGCUCGCUCUCUCCCAUGGACUUCUGCCGUGAAACACACCGUGGAGAUGGAAUGUGACGUGCUAUGAAGAUUUGCUUAAUUUAGCCAAAUAAAUUAGAUUUUGUAAGCCCUGUCUUGCCGAGGCGUAUUAUUUUCAGACAAUAUCCGUGCUACACUGGCUGUGUGGCAGGUUACAGCACUGUUAACAUCUGUCAGGAGAUGUGGUGGGAGGAGCUGAGGCUGGUCUUCCUCUCCUCCUGUGGGGAUUUAAAGUGGAUGGUAAUGACUUCACAGUGAAAUUAGUGUGCUUUCUGCCAUUUCCUCCUCUUAAUUAACACCAGAGGAUUUGCUGUGGUAUAAUGGUGCCAUCGUAUUUUAAGCCUUUUGC